AUUCGACGUGGCGGAAUUAUGAUCAGACGCAAGAAGAGAGAGUUGUUCAUCUUCUCUUGUAGUCUAGUUCAUGUCCAAUCUCUGAAAUUGAAAAGUGGAAAUGGCAGUGCUGAGUCUACCAACAGCUCCUGUGAGUGUGAGUGUCCAAACAUCAAGACGCUACUGCGCUGUGGUAGCGCCCACCACAGUGGUAAUUCCUCUUUCCCUUCCAGGAAAAGGAAGAGGAAGAGGAAGAUUGAGGGUGAGAUGCAGUGCGGAAGUUGACAGCAGAGGAGGAGGAGGGGUUGUGAAUAUGGGCCCCGGGACUCCUGUGAGGGCAACCAACAUUCUGGUGGUCGGUGCUACCGGAACCCUCGGAAGGCAGAUUGUGAGGCGUGCUCUCGACGAAGGCUACGACGUUAGAUGCCUCGUCCGGCCCAGGCCUGCUCCUGCUGACUUCCUUCGCGAUUGGGGCGCAACCGUUGUCAAUGCUGACCUCACUAAGCCAGAGACAAUUCCUGCUACCUUGGUAGGCGUACAUACUGUUAUUGACUGCGCCACAGGUCGUCCCGAGGAGCCCAUCAGAACUGUAGAUUGGGAAGGGAAAGUUGCUCUGAUACAAUGUGCGAAAGCAAUGGGAAUUCAGAAAUAUGUCUUUUAUUCUAUCCAUAACUGCGACAAGCAUCCCGAGGUCCCCCUCAUGGAGAUCAAGUAUUGCACCGAGAAGUUCCUCCGUGAUUCUGGCCUCAAUCACACUGUUAUCCGCUUAUGCGGUUUCAUGCAAGGUCUUAUUGGCCAGUACGCUGUGCCUAUCCUUGAAGAAAAAUCUGUUUGGGGAACUGAUGCCCCCACCAGAAUUGCUUACAUGGAUACUCAGGAUAUAGCUCGCUUGACUUUUAUAGCCUUGCGAAAUGAAAAAAUCAAUGGCAAUCUUCUUACGUUUGCUGGUCCUCGUGCAUGGACAACCCAGGAGGUGAUAACAUUGUGCGAGAGGCUUGCAGGCCAAGAUGCUAAUGUUACUACAGUUCCUGUCUCCAUUUUAAGAAUCACUCGUCAGAUCACAAGGUUCUUUGAGUGGACAAGUGAUGUUGCUGACAGAUUGGCAUUUUCAGAGGUGCUUACCAGCGACACUAUUUUCUCUGUUCCGAUGGCGGAGACAUAUAAUCUUCUUGGUGUGGAUUCAAAAGAUAUAGUUUCAUUAGAGAAGUAUUUGCAGGACUACUUCAGUAACAUAUUGAAGAAAUUGAAGGAUCUUAAAGCCCAGUCAAAGCAAUCAGAUAUUUACUUCUGAAGAAAUUGAAAGCCAGGUAACAUGUAGGUAUUCAGACUUUCUUUUUCUUGUCUAUUUAAAAACGCUCCCGUGAUGUAUAUUAUUUUUUAUUUUUUUAUGGGCUAACAAUUGAUUUUGUUUGUCAAAAAUUGAUGUAUUCAUCCCGAGAAAAAAUCAUUUGUAUAUAAUAUCUGGAGAUAAACUAUUUGAUCAAAA